AUGGCUAUGCAAAGUUUCACUGAGAAAAUUGUGAAUUUGAUGAAAAGUGAAAAUUUGCUUGAGUCCCAAGGUGGCCCCAUCAUACUUUCUCAGAUUGAGAAUGAGUAUGGGCCACAAGGUAAGGCAUUUGGAGCUGCUGGUCAUCAGUGCAUAACUUGGGCUGCAAAUUUGGCGGUCGGGUUGGGUACAGGAGUUCCCUGGGUAAUGUGCAGGGAAGAAGAUGCCCCAGAUCCAGUGAAUUCAUGGAGGGAUGGGCUACAUACAAGUAUAACCUCCCUGAGCUGGGGUGAUUGA